AUGGAUGACCGCGGUUUCUACGUCACGUUGCCGUGCAACGCCUCUUUAUCAGUUUAUCCUGAAAAUCGCAUAUCUAGUUAUACGACCAGGAUAGCAAAGACUAUAAACCUGAAAGGAGAGUGGCAAGUAGGUCUCGCUGAGAUUGAAUAUCCUAGAAGCUGGUACAGCUUUAACGACGAUGACGGGUUUUCAGUUUGCAUGUCUACCCGCCCAUCCCAGAAACACGCUAAUAAACCGGGCGAAGAGGUGUUUAAAUGGCUAUCGGGGAUGUCCGUAUCAAGGAAUAUCCAAAUAACCGGGGGAUACUAUGAGAAUGUUCGUGCAGUGAUCGGUGCAAUAAAUGCGAUUAUCGCCCCCGGGGCUGUAUUAGGCUACGAUAAAUUAAAAAACAAAGUCCAACUGGUAGCAAAGCCCAACAUUUCGAGCUCGAGCACCUACCCUUACCGAUGUAUCAUCGAGAGUCUUAUCAACUACAGCAAAGAUACGUUGGAAUCGCUUUUCUCAGCAGGUCUGUUUUUCAAAGACACGGCGGGUCACAUGGAUGAAACCGAUCCUGUGGGCCGUAACUCAGGUCUGACCAAGAGAUCGCUCUACACCACCGGGAGCGGUGUUGUGGAGUUGCUGGCGCCUAUUCACAGCGACAUCUUCUUUCAAGAAAAAUUAAUGCUAAACGGCGUCAACAUAAAAAUACGAAUGAUCAGAGGCAAAGAUGAAUUCUGUCUGAUGUCAGGGGAGGACGUGGCCUAUAAACUAAAUAUUGUGUCGGCGUCCCUUUUCGUCAAGAAAGUGUCCGUAUCACCGUCUGUGAGGUUGGCGCAUGCCCAGGCCUUGCUCUCGACCACUGCCAAGUACCCCAUAGAUAGGGUGUGUCUAAAAAAUUUCUCCUUACCCGUAGGUUCCCGAGUAUCAAAUCAAGAAAAUUUGUUUUUGGGGACCUUGCCAAAAUCUAUCGUCCUGGCAAUGGUAGAUAAUGAUGCGUUCACCGGGUCCUACAAUAAAAACCCGUUCGCGUUCAAACAUUACGAUUUGGAGUUCCUGGCUGUCUACGUAGAUGGACAGCAAUUCCUCGCCAAGCCUCUCCAGCCAAACUUUGCCGCAGGAGCGGCCGUACGAGAAUUUUAUCAGUUGGCGACCGCUACCGGGAGACAUCUUAAAAAUCAGGCUCUCUCUAUUAACAGGGAUGAUUUUCUGAGAGGGUAUUCGCUUUAUGCCUUUAACCUCACGCCUGAGGAAGACUGCGGUCAACACAUAUCACUCAUCAAGUCCGGGAAUAUCAGACUCGAAGCGCGCUUCAGACAACCGCUGACGCAUACUAUUAAUCUCAUCGUUUACGCUGUGUUUGACAGCAUCAUCGAGGUGUCUAACCGCAGACAGGUCCUGGUCGAUUACUACUGA